GCCGGGAACCAAUAUGCUGGAGUCAUUUGUAACUCCUCGCCUUUUAUCGUUAUGUGGUCAACUGACAAGUUUUGAUUUGACAGAUGAAAUAUUUCAAGUUCUGCAGACGGAAUUUUGAUAGAGAAAAAUAAACAUGAGUGCUAUACAUGAGAAGAGGAUGGCUGUUUUAAAGCGUGUAUUGUCAGAUGUUAUCAUCAUUGGCUCAGGCGGUGCUGUUUUACUGCUGUUCAGAUUUUUGGGUGAUCCAUAUAAACGUGGUUUCUUUUGUGAUGAUGAGUCACUAAAACAUCCAUUUAAAGAGUCCACGGUCUCGUCAGCUAUGUUGUAUGGUAUAGGUUUUGCUCUUGGCUCAGUUCUUAUUGGUGUAGUUGAAUACAUAUGGAUAUAUGGAGUAAAGGAGCGUGACCCACAACAAACUGUUGAUAUCAAGAAAUAUGGGAAACAUUGGAUUCUUAUCCGAGAUAUUUACCUAUCCUUGGUUCCAUACAUAUUUGGUGCCGCUUUGGAGCAUAUUAUAUCGAACAUUGGGAAAUACAGCAUUGGACGUCUAAGACCUCAUUUCUUUGAUGUGUGUAAAGUAGACUUUAGUAAAGUGAAUUGUUCAGCUGGAUAUAUUGAGGAAUUUGAAUGUCUGGGUGACAAUAAAAACAGAAUUAGGGAAAUGAGGUUAUCUUUCCCAUCAGGUCAUGCAUCAUUUCAUCGUACUGCCGCUAUAUAUCUGAUGAUAUUUUCUACAACGAAGGCUAACAUUUUUGUUCAAGUCUUUAAUAAAGCCUGUACUACAGACACUGAUAUUUGCUAUGGCUUACUACAACAUGUCUUAGCAGAGUGUCAAACUACAAACAUCAUCCAAACUGAUGUGAUAGCUGGUGCGGUUAUAGGGUGUUGCAAAGCAUACUGCGUGUCAGAUUUAUUCAGUAUGGCAGAUACAAGGGAGACAUAUAGGGAAAUGUACAUGAACAUGAAGGGACAGAGUGGCAGAGAACAGAACUCAGAUACUGAGAAAAUAUCGGACACUGAUGUCAGAAUGUGA